AUGGCAAACAAGUUUGGAUUAGGGUCUUUACCUCUAGAAUCUAAAAAUCCCAUGAGUUCUACGGCGUUUAUAAACAAAGCGAAACCUUUUUUCGUGGAUCAAAUCGGAGACACCUUACAAGGGGAUAUCGAUAUGAACAAUUUCAAAAUAACUAAUUUAAAGUUUCCAGGAAACGAUAACGAUGCCGUGAACAAGAAAUAUUUACUGGAUCAAAUAAACGCAAUUCAAAUAGAUAAGGACCAUGUUGAAAAUAGAAUAAAUGACGUGAAAAGAUACCUCAGACGAAAUAUUAAAAAUCUUGUGGACGAACCCAAACUACAACAAGAGUUAACGAGUUUGAAACGUCUUAUUCAAGUGGUUGCAAAAUUUAAUAUCUAA